CGGCCUGGUCGGCCAAUCGGUGAGUUAGCUACACAUGUUUAAGUUUGCAUAAUUACAAGGUACUGUACCGGAAUUCUGACCUGGUGAAACCCAUGUACAUACUUUUGUACAGUAGGCGGCGGUAUGCACCUGAAUGUUGCUUGCAAUCCGCAAGUAAUUGAAAGAAGAAGACGGGGAGGCGGAAGUAAAUUUCGUGGUUUGGGAAGAUGUGAAAGAUGCUUUUGCCGAGGGAGCAUCCCGCAUGGAGACACUUUGUCAGGGAGACCGAAUGAACCAAAGAGGCUUCCGGUGAUGAUGUCAUCGUUGCUCCUCUCCCAGCUCCUUCUGCUCAGCCUCAGGGUCACUCUCAUGACGGCUGACCUCGGAGGACAAUGUCCAGAUUUGGCUCCGGUGGAUCUUCUGUCAACUGUCCUCGAGAAGGACGCCUCGGGACUUAUGGCAGGGGUGCAGGUGAGGUCAUCCGGAGGUGUACGUGGCAUCCAUUUCUCCGGGCCUCACGCCCCCGUUAGCCUGCUCUCCAACUGUGACCAUUUUCCGAAAGACUUCUCCAUCGUGGUCACGCUGAAAGUGGCUCGCAUCGCACACAAGAAAAGCGAGUACAUAUUCACCAUACUGGAGCCAAAAAGAGCAGAGCCGCCGGGAGCCCUGAAGGAGAAGGUCGAUGAAGAAGUCAGAGAAAAGGGAAAUAACCUGCAAUUAAAUAUCAGCGGAAGAAGAGGGAAGAAUAACGCAGAACACCGCCGUCUGCUCCUGGGACUGAGACUAUCCGGGAAGCGGCUGCACGUGCUCUUCAGGGGACAGCGAGGCAUCACGGAGCAGUGGGUGUUCCGGGGCGCCCACCUCGCAGACGACCACUGGCACACCCUGGUUGUGUCCGUCGAAGGCCGUCGCGGCAGGCUGACAGUGGAUUGUGGCUCGCCGCGGGAAAUCCUUCCCUCCGGGCCUUUCCCGUCAGACCUCAACUUUCACGUGUCCAGAUUCCACAUCGGUAGCCGGGGCAGAUGGAAAGGAUUGUUUACGGGCCUGUUGCGACAGUUGGUUCUGGUGCCGGGUUCAGAUGCCACCCGCCAGAUAUGCCCGUCCGCCCGAGCUCAACUCGCAGCUUUAUCAGUUCCGCCGUCGCUGCUGUCACAUGUGCCUGCCGACGGGAAGAAUGACGCGCGUCACCUUGCCCCUUACGGCGCAGAUGUUGCGGAAACCGAGGCGAGAGUGUCGGUGGGUUUACAGCGGACGUGCACGGAGCCACUGCGGGGCCAGUUGUGGUUCAAUCCGCUCAGGAAGGCUCUCUACCUUUGCGAUGGGACCUCGUGGAUCGCCGUGCUGGAGGAUCGCAAACGACUGGAUUACGUUGAGGAGCGGCAGGUUCUCAGCACCAGCUCAGAAACGCACGACAUCGAGGUCUUCCAGUUACAGGGCCUGGGUCUGAUGGCCGCCAUGGCUCACCGCUCCACGACGUCUGGCUCCGCGGUGUAUCGGUGGAGCCAACAGAACGGCUUCCAGCUGUACCAGAAUAUUAGCACCCGCGGAGCACUGGCGUUGAGGCAUUUCAAUUUGGGCAAGAAGACAUUUCUGGUGGUGUCCAACUGUAACGUUGGCACCGGUGUGGGAAAGGAAGUCGAUGUCUCCGUCAUUUACAAGUGGAGCCGGAAAAGCAAACAGUUUGUGGAGUUUCAGAACUUGGAGACGCACUGCGCACGUGACUGGGAGGCCUUCAAAAUUCGUCGACACACCUAUCUCGUCGUUGCCAAUCACAGGAUCGGUAAUAACAACCACACCAUAGACAGCAUAGUGUACAAAUGGAACCGGCCAACUAAGUCCUUUGAAGUUCACCAGAGGUUGAGAACGUCGGGGGCUUACGACUGGGAGUUCUUCAACGUGGGACCUUACCAUUUUCUGGUGGUGGCAAACGCCUUUGACGGAGUAACCACGUCAGUAGACUCUGUGAUCUACGUUUGGGUGGACGGAAACUUUCAAAUCCUCCAAACCAUUAAGACAUUUUGUGCCACUGACUGGGAGAUGUUCCAGAUAGGCACACGGGUCUUCCUCGUGGUCGCCAACGGACACCGGCUCCAUGACAACGGGUCCAGUGAAUAUGCCAUCAACUCCACUAUCUAUGAGCUGGACAUGACCGGCCAGGUGUUUGUCCGCUUCCAGGACAUAGUCACGUACAGCGCGGUGGACUGGGAGUUCUUCACCCUCGGGGAGGAAUAUUUCCUGGUCGUUGCCAACUCCUUUAACGGCGAGUCGUACUCUCUCAACAGUGUUCUCUACAGGUGGCAGGGCUAUGAGGGCUUCGUUCCCGUCCAUUGGCUCCCGACCAUCGGCUGCAGCGACUGGGAGUUCUUCAAUGCUGGCGGAGACUCUUAUCUGAUCUACUCAAGUGCGAAAGCGCCUCUCGCCAAAGUGUUCAAACUGAAAAUGUACUGAGCUUAUUCACUUCCAUAUUUAUGCAUGUGGAUGCAUGCCCUGUCCAUGGGGCCCCCGCAAGAGUCGUUUGUGCAAAAACAUAGAGGAAGUCUUAUAAUUGGAGGAUGACAAGCACUCACAAUAUCAAAAAAUAAGCACUUGUUUUGAUCGUUAAAUCAUAUUAGUCUGGCCCUCAGAGUACUUUUACAGAAAUUUUUCCUACCCUUAAGAUAUAGACAUGCAAUGUGUGUGUCCAAGUGCCUGUUUGCAGCCUGAGACUACAUAAAACUGACUGUAAAUUAUUAAAUGAGCAAUAAGCUAUUCUUAUAAUUUUCUUAAAAGGUCACUUUUGUUGACUAUGAUAUUUUGCACAGUAUUAAAUGUCAUUUGUUCACAAUAUUGGUCCUGUUAGUAAAUAUUAAGUAUUUAAUAGAGCGCGACCGUUCACUUGGCCCGUUAUACCCCUUCUAACAUGCUAAAAAUAUUUGAUGAUUGUUUUUUCUCCCUUCAUGAAACCUAAUUUUUUUAGAAAAUUGUGUACAAAGGUAAUCUCGUGAUUUAUCACACUAAAGACUAUAUCAGAACUUCUAUUCCUUCAUUAUCUUUGACAUGUAUCAAUUAAAAUAGUCAUUCAAUGGAUCUGUCAAUUAAUAACUGCAUUUUUACUAUUAAAAGCAACGUUCUUGUGAGCAUUUCAAAGAGGAGGAAUUGAGCAGAAUGUCACUAUUUUACAUGCAACCUAAAAUUGCGGUUUGUUUAAAAAAAAGAAAAA